UUAUAAUUCCUUAAUUAAAAAAUUCAGUAAAAUAUUGAUAGUCCUAUGGAUCCAAUACUUCAAAAGCAAUGAAAAUACUGGCGAAAGAUCAACAUGUAUCGUCAUGGGAAUCGUUUAUUUAUUAAUUGCAUUAGCAGUUCAAAUUAUUGACGAAAAAAUUAUAGAAAUUGGUCUGAACAAAGCUUACACCAGUUUCAAUCAAAGUGCAACUAAAUUUCUUGGCGAACAUGGACUCUCUUCUACGGGACCAGCAUCAAGGAUAGUUUUGAAGUUUUCUCUAGCUGUUUGGUGUGGAUUACUUGGCUCGUUGCUAACAUUUCCGGGUCUGAGGAUGGCUCAAAUGCACUCAGAUGCUUUAAUUUACCACAAACAAGCGUAAACCUUUAUUAUUAUUAGCAAACAUAAGU